AACAGUUGUCGGAAAGCUAUGGGCAAAUUCAAAUCCCCUUAAUUUAAUGACCUUAAUUAACAUAAAAUGCUUACAAACAACAACAAUAUCGGCGAGACAGUCAUCCACCCUAUUAAGCUUAAAAAGGGGAAAGUAUGCCGCCUGGAACUACCCAAGAGGCGUCAGACUGUGGGCAUCGUGCUGGUAUGCGGCAUGGGCGACACCGGGCAGCUUGGCCUUGGCUCGCCAGUCUUGCUGCUGAAUCGCCUAACAAUGGUGAGAAGAAUUCCGAAUCCUGUGGAUGUUUGCGCUGGUGGCAUGCAUUGCCUGGUUCUGACGGAGAACGGGGACAUCUACUCGUUUGGCUGCAACGCUGAGGGCGCCUUGGGGCGGACUUCCAGUGAUCCGGACUGCAGAGAUUCGGUGCCCGCUUUGGUAGAUUUACCCGGCAAGGCGCUGUACAUCUCGGCCGGAGAUACGCACUCUGCAUGCAUACUGGAAGAUGGCAGCGUGUAUGCUUGGGGAUCGUUCUUUCACUCGCACGGGAGCAUGGGUCUGACCGAAGAUGACAAUAAGCGUGUACCCACAAAUAUUUUGCCAGGAACUGUCUGCUGCAGCAUUGCCUCAGGAUCUGAUCACUUGGUCAUAUUGACCACCAGUGGAAAGGUCUAUACACUCGGAUGCGCCGAAUACGGCCAGCUGGGGCGCAUUUCAGAGCGUUCAUUGUCCGGAGAGGGCCGUCGUGGCAAGCAGGACUUGCUGCGACCGGACCAGAUAGUUAUCAAGUCCGCCAAGCCGUUCGACGCUAUAUGGGCCACACAUUAUGGCACGUUCCUACGCGAAUCGCAGAGAAUUAUCUGGGCCGUGGGCUUGAACGAUAGUAAGCAGUUGGCCAACGAAAAAGUGUUGGAACCGGAUCACUUUACUUAUCCGGUGAAGACAGCGCUACAAAAUAUAAUGCAGAUUGCUGGUGGAGCUGAGCAUACGCUGCUGCUGCAGAACAAUAUGCAAUGCUUUGCCGUUGGUUCGCCACAUCAUGGAAGCUUGGGCCUGGGCGAUGUCAAGGACGUGGUGCCCAAUCUGACGCGUGUUAAGAAGCUGUCCGCCAACAUUGUCUAUAUUGGCUGUGGAACGCACUGUUCCUACGCUAUUACUGAGGAUGGAAAGCUAUACUCAUGGGGCCUGGGCUCCAAUAACCAACUGGGUGUAGGCGAUGGCGAUGAUGAACUGGAGCCGGUUCUAGUCAGCAGCAAGAACACACAAAAUAGGAAAAUUCUGCUGGCAUCCGGCGGUGGCCAGCACGGUCUGUUUUUGGUCGAAGCUAAUGCAAAGGACUAGCCAAGCACAGGACAGGACUCAUUUUUUAAUAGAAACUUCACAGCAGAGACUGAUGCUCGCCAAGCGAGGACCAAGAACUAAACAUACCAACUAAAAAGCGACUAGACUAAAGCAUAGAAAUAGAUAUUUGACUAC